CGAUAUCGCAAAAUUUUAAAAACUUUACCUACAUCGAGACAUCAAAAACAAACUUUCCUGAUGUGGCUCCCGAAAUAACGGACAUUAAAACCUAUGAUGAUGGUACAGUGCUCAUCCGUGUCGUGCGACAGGAUCCAAGCGUAAAGGAUAGGUUUUGCGUAGAACAGAUGCUAUCGUUAAGAGUCAUUCAUUUAAACGGAGCCGUUGCAGAGAUCAAUAUCAAUAAUACAGCGUUAAACAUGAAUUCAUUGAAUUAUUGCCCGUUUAAAAGUGGUUUUCCUGAUUCUAAUGUAAAUCUCAUUCGAAUAUUUCCACUACAAGAAGGAUACAUCCUAGUGUGUUAUCGAGAAAUUGCAGAUUCUUCUGAUUUUGUAACCUAUGAGGAUUGGGGAAUCAUCAUACAUUGGAAAUUAUUGAUUUUAUCCAAUGAUGUUAUCAAGUUAAAAACGAGCGAGCACGUGGUUUCCUAUGCGGCAAUCUCCACCAUCGAAGAGGGUUAUGGCAUAAUUUAUUCUACGGAAUUCUUAUUUGAUAUCACUGAAAUCAAUCCGCUUGCACCGAAAAAAGUGAUCUAUGCCAUGUUUUUACUCCCAAAUCAAAAUCAAACCGCCUCUCCUUAUAUCCUAUAUGAAACACCUCUUGAUUCUGUAACGAUAGUUCGCACAUUUUGCGAUCAAACACCUGUUGAUAUUAGUCAGACGUGUAUAUUUGGUCUGCAAACGAAUGGAGAAACAUAUUAUCAAAGCGUGUCCUUCUUAUCAUCAGGAGCUGUGGUGAAUGUAUCUACCGGGCUGAUGAUAGAUGAUUAUAUUGAAAAUAACAUCACCAGAGUGAAAGCACGCAUAAUGCCUUCCGGUGGCUACAUAUUUAUCCUCAGUGAAAGCGAUUCUUCUUCUAUUUAUGCUUUUAAUGAAAAUCAAACUUUGAUUCAAAAGCUGACGGUUAUUACAAAUCAAUUUGGUGCAAAUGAUAUUACGAAUAAUAAUACUUUAUUGCUCGGUUUACCCGGAAAAAACUCUUCUUGGAAUUUGUAUACUUACCUGUUACCUAAAGCUUUUUACUAUUUGGGCAACAGUUAUGAUAACCUAGAGAUAAAUUCUACUAGUCCGGCGAUUAAUGAAUUUGUCGAACCAUUUACCGCCAUCAACGUCAGCAUCACUUUCAAUGAUCCUGUUUACCUGUCGAACGCAAGCGUUUCUAUCUAUCACUCUAGUACCGGCAAUCUUCGACAAAAGGUUUCCGGAAUAUUGAAUAACUUUUGUAGCGUCAGUCCAGAUUUAAGGACAGUUACGGUAAAACCGGAUAAUGAUAGUGAAAGAAGUGUUUCAGGAGUGUUCUCUGAUUUAAACACCAUGAUUAUAAAUAAGAAAAUUACCAACAUCUUCAUGGGAUUUGCGACAAAUGAUCUGGACUCAAGCUAUGGCUUUCGAGUGAAUCCAAACUUAUGGGAGGCGUAUGAAGUAAAAUUAAUCGGUGCAUUCUUGGCCGUUACAUUAUACGCUUUAAUUGUUAUAUUGACACCAAAAAGGGACCCUGGAGUAAGAUUUUGA